AUGGCAAGUGGGAAGGCCUUAAAUCAUGAACUUUCUAAGCUUUUCAAUGAGAUGUGGGAUGCAGAUGUUCACCGCCUUAGGCCUGGGAGAGACUACACAAUUGACGUGCAGGGAAAAGCAGGUCCAGCACAGCAAGGGGACAGGGCUGUCCAGGACAACGCAGCCAGACAUCUGUUUCACAAUGUAAAUGAAGAACGCCUGAGGAGCAUAAAAACUUUUGCAACCUUUAUUUCCUUAUUGGACAACUAUGAGACAUCAACCGGUGUAGCAGAAGUAGUGACUCCAGAAGAAAUAGUUGAAAACAACCAUUUCCUUGAUGCUAUCUUAGCAACACAAGUCAUGAGACUAGCUCAUGACUAUCUGCUGAAAAAAAACCUAGCAAGGCCAAAUCUUGCAGAUUUCAAACAUCAGCUUUAUGACAUCUGGUUCCAGCUCUAUGCCAGGAAAGAAGGAGACAGACCUGAUUCUUGUGGUUUUGAACAUGUUUUUGUUGGAGAAACAAGGCAUGGUAAAGAGAUCUUGGGUUUGCACAACUGGGUGCAAUUUUACCUUCAGGAAAAGCGCAACCAGAUUGAUUACAAGGGAUAUGUAGCUCGGAAGAACAAAACCAGGCCUGAUAAAGAUGACCAAGUUUUGAGCAUCCAGUUCAGCUGGAAGGGCUCAGUCAAGCCAGUCGGAAGCACCUUUAUUGGUGUCAGCCCGGAGUUUGAAUUUGCCCUUUAUACAGUCAUUUUCCUGCUGUCUGAAGAAAGAGUCACACGUGAAACAGUGAAGAUAGAUGAGUACGAGCUACAGAUGGUUGUCUGGCGCCAUGGGCACCACAUUGGAACAGCAUAUCCAGUGCUGCUCAGCACCACUAGUGAAGAUUAG